AUGAUUGUUCCCGAGUCUCUCAGCACUCUAAGAGUGCACAGCGAAAAAUCGGUAAACAGCAAGUCAAAUCAUACUGAUAUUUGCAAUCUACCAGUCGGGGGUGAACUAUACAGCUCAUGCGAGAACCUUGUCACUGAGGUUUUGCAUAGUGCACCCCAGAGAAUCGCCGAAAAUGACAAGCCUUACAUUAUCCCUGGGGCUCUCAAAGACGAUACACUCCGCAGUCCAAGCACUGCCUGCUUGACAAGGUUCGAGGAUGUGGAUAUGACGUCUCAGCCAACAUCUCUUCCAAUCUCGUCUCCAGUUGAUGCGACUACUGGAAGCUCGACUGUAGAGACAUACGAAAUUGUACCAGCGGUUGCGGCACUAGAGGUUUCUGUCAGAGACCCACAACUCCCGUGCUUCGUACUCGGCGACCACUGGAAGAAAGAUGCCUUUGUGGGCAGAGAGGACACCUUGAAGAUCCUCGAUCAACAUCUUCUCCCCGCAAAUCUGAACCCCGACACAGGGCAAGAGUCUGAUUCAAACUCUCAAGAUGGAUCAGACCUGCGCUCUUUUGCAAUCUGUGGUCUUGGUGGCAUCGGAAAGACCGAGUUGGCAGUCCAAUAUGCUCAUUCCCGCAAGCGAUACUUUGAGGCCAUCUUCUGGCUCGGUGCAGACGACAGCAAGAUCUUGGCCUCAAGUUUUGCCAACCUAGCAGUUCAGUUAGGUCUUGAGGAUGAAGACUCGGUGGACGUCGCAGCCAGUCGAGACAUUGUCAUGGGCUGGCUCUCAAGGCCCCUGAGACAAACUUCCAAGCCAGAUGAGCCAGGGAAUUUUGUCAACUGGCUGUUGAUCUUUGACAAUGUCGAUAAUCUCGACGUCCUCGAUGACUACUGGCCAAAGUUAGGGCGUGGCUCCGUGCUGAUCACAAGCCGCGAUCCCAAUGCCAAGCAGAACAUGUACAUCCACGAGGGUCUGCGUCUACCCCCUCUCACCAACACGGAAACCGAGGUUCUCAUGCAGAAGCUCACCCAUGUGAGAGCAGACGACUACCAGAAGAAUGCUCUAACUAAGAUCGCGGAGAGACUUGAUGGGCUUCCCCUGGUGAUCAAUCAGAUGUCUGGCUUGUUCAGGUCAUUCAGGUUGUCAUACGUGGACUUUUUGGACUAUCUUCAAGAGGAAGGCAUCGAGAGGUUGUAUGAAAAACAGUUUGGCUCCAGCGACAAGCAAAAGGCGCAAUCUUUGGUCACUUACUGGGCACUUGAUCGUCUUUCAGGUCCAACCAAGGCACUCCUGCAAGUAAUGUGCUUGCUAGAUCCCGAUGAUAUCCCCGAGGACAUCCUCAUUGACAAGAGUGGUAGAGUGAGCCUGGCUGGCUACCCCAGAACCAGAAGCAACUACUACUCUGCAAGAAGGGAGCUAUUGUCCUCUUCUCUCAUCAACCAAAAGCGGAACAACAAGCUGUCUCUGCAUCGCCUUGUUCAAGACACGACCAGGUCGAUGAUGGAGGAGGACCAGUUGGUCUCUGCAUUUCAGGCGGCAGCAAAGCUCAUUGUUUCUACUUGGCCCUUUCAGUCAAUCAAGGAUCAUCACUCGACAGUGAGAUUCAGCAAAUGCGAGGACAUAUUCCCUUGUGUUCUUCGUCUUAAAGAUGGGCUCAACUCAAUUCUUGAGACUUCUCCUGAUUUCCCGAUGGACAUCUCCCUUGCGCGGCUCUUUAACGAUACAGGAUGGUACAUGUUUGAACGGGGUCUUCAGGAGGAGACAAGGCCAUUCUGUGACCUGGCUCUUCUAAUCGCUGAGCGACUAAAGAAGACGCACGGUACAGAGGCUAUUGAAUGCAUUCGAGAGAGUCAACAGUUCAUCGGAAUCGCUCUCGUCGAGACGAACGAACACGCUCUGAGCAUGGCUCACAAGCAGAAGUGGUUGGACAUGCUGCUCGAAAGGAAAUCAGAUUCCGGAGCACCCAUCGAGGACUACGAGCUUGGGUAUGCCUACAACGAGAUUGGCGUGGCCUAUGGAAACGCCGACAUGAUUGGAGAGGCUAUCGAAGCCUUUGUCAGAUCCAUCGAGAUUUUCCAGGGGCUGGAUGAUUACGAAGACACCAUGCUGGGGUGGCCUGAACCCAACCUGGGCUUCAUGUACUGGCUGAAAGGAGAUCUUGAGACUGCUGAAACAGCUUUGGUUGAGAUCCUCGACAUUCACGCGGCAGCCUGGGGAGUUGAUGAUACUCAUUCUUUCAAGACGGGCAAGAUUCUCUACGGCCUUGGCAACGUGCUGGAAUCACAAGGUCGCUUCGACGAGAGCCUUGGCUUCCACCUUCGCUGUCUCGAACAGUACAAGAAGGUCCUCGGCAUGAACCACCACAGAGUUGGGGAUGUUUGCCACAGGCUUGCUAGCCAUUACAUGCGAAAAGGACUAUACAAGGAAGCCGCGGAAUAUUUAGCUACCUCCCUACGGAUAUUCAAGUCCCGCUCGUACCUUGCCAACGAACUUGCACGAACGACGUUCAAGAGGAGCCAGCUACAUCGGUUGAUGGGAGAGGACAGUGAGGUGGACGAACUUCGAGAAAAGGCUUACAGGAUAAGGAAGAAGUUGAAGCCUGGGGAUACUGUUCCUGUCGAGAAACUUACAGAGGAGGAUUUCGACAGCCCAGAAGAAUACGCAAACGCUGUCCUGGGAUACUCCAACCUUUCCACCGGCGCUGGUCAAAAUCACAUAUCGCUUGGCCAGUAUCUCCACGACCCUCCAGCCACGGUGCGCGUGGACCUGCAACCAGAUGCCCAGGAAUUUGUCACACUCUAUCCACUCAGCAUUGAGCAGUUUGGCAGACGGUCUUCUUCACAAUCAUCCAGGCAACACUCGCCCUCUGACGGAGAUGGAGAUGCUGAGUCUGCAGAUGAGAACCGACAUAAAGGCCAGACACCAACUUCCUUCCAGGAACCCAGCGAGUUCUACCACUUCAACUUGAAUAAGCCUCCUGAAAACUGCAUCAUCUUUUUGCGCGGCUUCAUGACAGCGCAAUGGAUCAACAACAUCGGCGCCCGUUAUUUCGUUGAUCCAGAGUUCUUCUCUCGUCACCUAGAUUUCAGUCCAGCUGACGACAGCGCAAGUAACUUUUCCAUCCCUUCGUUGCCAUCUUCAUCCGCCCAUCUCAUUGAGCUGCCUGUCAUCACGAUUGGAAAGCGCACGGGAUCUACAUCUCAGCUGCGACCUGACAAGAUUGACCAACUGAGGAGUGAGGGUGCAUUAUCCUUGUCCUCCCACUAUCACGAAAUCUCCAAGUUGUCGUCAUCACAAAUGGGGCUCGGGGACUCAAUGAUUCGGAACUUUUACGUCUUUGACGAGACGUACUUUGCAAUCGAGCAACGCAUCUCGAUUUGCCUUCAAUUAGCCAAGAGUCAAAAGACCUUUACCUUACUUGUCUGGCUCGAUGCUGGAGCCGACUUCCCCAACUUGACUCUCACUCCUUGGGCCGUUCGAACACCAGUGUCUUACUAUCUCCCCGUUAUCCGCCAUAAACCCAUGAUUGCUCUAAAAUGCCACCUUUUCGCGGACCAGCCAUCAGACAGAAUGGACUUUUCGGGUGGUAAAAUCCAGUCCCUCUCAAACCUACCUCACGACUACGGGCGAUCGCUUCGUCCAAGCAUCAAAGCCAAAGAUCCAUUCUACAACCUCAACGAAAUCUUCAACUUUGCAGCGAGCUCACAAGUGCAGUUCCUCAACCUCAUCGAUGUCAAGCUUGACAGCUAUAUAUCCCGACCCGCCGAUCAGGAAUACGAGAGCUUGCCGGAUCUCAAGUACACAAAGGAGAUGCUGUACCGCCACCUUCAAAAGACAAAACAGGUACUUGAGAGCAUCAGAAAUGCUCAGCUCUCAACAUGGCCUAAGGAUGAUUCCGAUAGCAACAGAGCCGCCAUUGCCGCUCAGAGCGUGGAACAAGAUUUUAAGUACAUACUAGAUCGCACGAUCAUGCUCCACACACGCACCACCGAGGCCAUUACGGUGCUAAUGUCCAGCAUGUCCAUAUCAGAAUCUCAAAGGGCAAUCGGCCAAGCACAACGUGUUGGAAAACUAACAUUCCUGGCCUUCAUUUUUGUCCCCUUGUCUUUCACCACCAGCUUCUUUGGGAUGAACGUCACGCAGAUAGAAAACACAAACUUGGGAAUCUGGUGGUGGUUCGUCAUGUCGGCACCUAUAGUAGGGCUCGUGUUCACCUUGUAUUUUGUCGAUAUAUCAGUUCUGUGGGAUGGGGCUUGUGAGUAUAUUCGGGCCAGAUGGGGGUAA